CAAUAACCAUAGACAAAAAAGGCUUCAAAAAGUGAAUUAUUAUUAUUAUUAUCUGAAAAGUGAAAUAUUGAAUGGAGAGUGGUGGUUGUAGCAAUAAGAAGCCAGUGAAGAUUGUGAUUAUCACUACACAAUAUGUGGAAACUGAUGCCAUGAGUUUUAAGUCUGUUGUGCAGAAGCUUACUGGUAAGUAUUCUUCUGAUGAUCGUGUUGUUGCUGAUGAAGCUACAGAAGCUCCAAAAGUUAACAAUCUAAGUAGGUUUGAUGAGGCUGCUUGUGAAAAUGGUGAUGUCGGACGAAGCACUUUUUAUAUAAGUGAUUUGUUGUUGAAGGAAUAUGACAUGUUGCAUAGAGAGUUACUGCCAAACCAACACUUUUUGUUUCAGUCACAAAUUUAAUAUAGAGUAUAUGUGAUUAUAUGUUUUCAAUAUAUGUGAUGUUUCCAUUCUUGUUUGCAUUUUGAAGUAUGGACUUUUUGUUUUGUU